ACUUUAAUAUAUUAGUUUUACGGUCAAUUUUUAACCAACAAACACCACAUUCUUGCUAAUUUUAAUAGUGCAAUAGUAUAGAUAUCGGUUUGGAAAUAUCUUAUCAGUUAAAUACCUUUACUGUUUCAUUCUAAAAUCUCGAAAGACAUAAUUGUAACAAUGGUUCGCAUCGGAAAGACUGUAAGACCAAAGGUCAAGCUUAACAGAAAGAAGACAGUUGAAACCAAAUAUGGUAGAUCAAAGAUAGUUGGCCGCAAAUUUGCUAGUGUUCCAAAGGUACGCAAGAGCUUGCAACCUGGCGCUGUAUUGAUCUUGUUGAGUGGUAGCUACAAAGGAAAGCGUGUUGUGCUUUUGAAGGUUUUGGAAAGUGGUCUAUUGGUUGUAACCGGACCAUUCUCAUUCAAUGGUGUACCAUUGAGACGUGUUAACCCACGUUAUGUCAUUGCUACCUCCACCAAUGUCUACGCAUUGGAGGGUGUUGACGGUGCAAAGUGCAAGGCCGCAGUUGAAGCUGUUGUUGCUCCAUUGACUGAUAAGUCAUUUGGAAAGACUAGCGCCACAAAAAUUGCAGAGUUUAAGGAACGUAAGAAGCGCAGCAAAGGAAAGGAUUCCAUGUUUGUUGAGGAGGCUUCAUCUACUGCAAAAUCUGCUGAGGAUAAGAGCAAGAUAGUAGAAAGCCAAGACAAGGUAGAUGGCGUCUUGGUACCAUUCCUUAAAAAAUCUGAGAUCUUGUGCCAAUACUUGAAAAGUCUCUUCACUCUUCGCAACAACAUGCAUCCUCACUUGUUGAAGUUUUAAGUUAUAGUUU